AGGACUUCUACAGGACCUCAGUCAACUGUCCCAACCUCGCUGUUCGACCCUGGAUCUUCGAAAGCACAGAACCGUACUGCAACCCAAGGGACAAAUGCGUUACUUACAAAUAUAGCUAACACGAGUGCUGACGCGGAGCAAGAGGUGACCCAGAAAGCUGACUGGGACGACCGAUCGAUGAUAUCCUCUAUGAUCCUAUUGGAUUCAAAGCAGAGACAAGAUAUCAUUAAAAAGUUCGUGGACGCAAUUCUGAACGAGUUACCUAGAGUUCCUUCGACCCUUCAUGAUUACCCACAGUCAAGGAAAUUGUUCCAGGGACGCUUCCAAAUUCUACUGAAAUGUUACUCGGACCAGGUAAAGGCUGAUGCUGGUCGGGGAGCACGAAAACAAGCCACCAAACAGAUUCGAUUCCUACGCCGGGAUAUCACAAGACACUUUGAACAAACGAUCAAAGUAAAUGGCGUUAAUUUAAAGAGCCAGCGUAUAUAUCCGAUCAUAGUUAAACAGGCUGAGCAGAUAAAUCUUUCAGAGAAAACGUGGGCACAAAAGGUCGACGAUUGGAAAGUGUUGCUAGCGAGUGAGGAUCCAGUGUAUCAAAAGGCUGACAAUGAUCUAUACGACACAAAACUCCCCUCAAGUCAUAUUGAAGCAUUCAGCAUCGCCGACAGAGGCUCGCUUUCCUGUCCAGGAUCGCUAUAUGAAUUCAUCGAUACCGAUUCAAGCAGUGAAAGUGAGGUCAUUGAGAUAGUCCACACUACUAGUGGAGAAGACAGAGAUAUAUAUGAGUUCUUAACUACUCACCAGGCAUUUCAAGUGUUACUCGUGCAAUUGCAGGGACUUGUUGAACGUUACUAUGGCAAUCAGAUGGUAGUAGUUCAAAACCGUGUCCUCGAUUCUCUUCGCAGCCCUCUGACUAAAGACAACCCUAAUUCUGGAAGUCAUAGUGCAAUGUUCUGUCUUGACUGGGAUGUCUUGGCGUUUCUCCAGGAGCAGUAUCCUGCUGGUCUUGCUCAGGACCUUGGAUCUGUUCUCACAAUUACUGGCCAAGCGUCGGAUGCUUAUAUGUCGACUAUCCGCAACUACCUAGAGUAUGCGUGGCCUCAAUGUCCACUGGCUCUACUUGAAGCACUUCAAGGUGCCAUCACUAAAUAUGCCGAGGAAGAAACUUCAAGGUCAAUAUUUUUCUCUCUUCCAAAAAGCGGGAUCAUAGUGAGCAUCUUGGAGAAGUCCAUCCUAGUGACUGGAUCCGAAGAUUUUGUCGUUACGAUGGCGCAGCAGAUUGCUUGGUUUGUUUCUGCUUGUCAAGCGUCUCCCACAGGGCUUGGGACAUCUUACGUUUCAAUUAAUGAAAGUGCGUCACGUUUCGGUCUCCCUUUGCGUACCUUUAUCGUCUCUGCUGAGAUAGAAUUCCUCACAACCGACGAUCCUGGAAGUUGCUGGAACGAGGUUGUUGGAAGGUCUACCAUAGCGACUGGAUUUCCAAUCCCAGAGCGUCUCCACAGCGACAAAGGCUUAGAAGUCCAGCUGGAAGUUAUGGCUGGCCUAGGUGGUGUAACAGUCGCAACUGAGUUCGACGGUGGGUAUCUACUCAAAGCGAGGUCGAUAGCAUUUGUGCCUGUAGAGCGCAAGGGAAACUCAGUGCAGUGGCAUCUUGUGAAGACGGAUGCAAAAAGAAUAAUGUAUAGGGACAUUGCUGAAAUUUGUCCUGUGCGGCUACUUGUCGAUGUUCUGGAUCAAGAGAGCUUAACGUCCACCAGGGCAUUUCUUGGAUGGUGCUCCGGAUCAAUCAAUACCCUUGGAACAAAUAUUGCCAACUACAGUGGUGUUGGGUUUUCCAAUGCAAAUAAGCCGUCAGGAAGAGUCGUCGCUUUGACUGGGAUAAGUGUAGGAUUUUCGCACAUUGUAACAGGCCAGGCGUCGUUUGCAUUUGGUCAGCAUAAUGGGCCAUAUACUGCGUCUGCACCUUAUUGGUAUCUGGACGUCCUCGAAGCUGCCAAAGACAUACAUGUCAUUAUACAAGACAUGGAACAAAGGCGAGCAUGGCAGACAGAUGGUGAGAGGGCCAUACUCCAUAUGAUACUUCACAACCAGGCGAUGAAUCUACAGGAGAUCAAAGGCAAAUUAGUCGAACUUCAGAAAGCAGACUCGAGGUCACCAUCGUCCGUUCGUGCAGCUAUGAUUCAAAAUGCUAACACUGUUGUCAUGAAUGAUCUACAUAUGGAUAAACGAGAAGUGAGCGACAAAUUAUUUCGAGACUUGGUUGGAGACAUGUACACUAGACUGGAAGGAUUGGAAGGCAAUGCCGAGAAAGUAACCCUUGCGGGAAUCGAACUGAAGCUCGAUUGGAGAAGGCGAGUUCAAGGCUUCGAAUAUAAGGAUCUGGUCCAGAAGAAGCACAAGAUGUUCAUCAAGAGAGCGGAGUUACGGAAGACUUGUGGUCAAUGACCUGAGUUUGCGCGAGAAAUUGGUGCUGUGGUCCUGUUUGGGGCG